UCCUCCGAUAAGCUCUCUGACAGGAGAGAGUAUUGGAGCAUUCGUCCACCUUCUACUUACUGUCUCAAAAUCGAAUCUUUCAGAAAACUUGCCAAUUCCCCAAACAUCGAGAAGUAUGAAUCCCGUCCAUUUCCCUCCGGUGGAUAUAAUUGGUAAGACACUUAUUGUCUAUCCAAAAGGAAAUAAAAAGGAUGGAGGUGAAGGACAGGUUUCACUAUACGUCCAAAUAGACAAUUCGACACUCCUUAACUCUCCAAAAGAAGUUUACGCAGAAGUCAAAUUCUUCAUUUAUAACCGGAAAGAGGACAAGUAUUUGACAUAUCAAGAGACGGAUCCAAGGCGUUUUUUUCUGUUCAAACCGUAUUUUGGACAACCUCGAACCAAAUCCUACGAUGAGAUCUCCAAUCCUGAUCCCAAUGCUGGUUAUAAUUUCGACGGUGACACUAAUUUGUUCGAGUUCUAUGUAUCGGGAGUGUUCGUGAUCGGAGGAAGAAGCUGGACUUUGAAAGUGUAUCCAAGUGGUGACCGAGAAGCACAAGGAAACUCAUUGUCGCUAUACAUCGUUGCGGCUGGUAUUAAGCCGUACGAAGAGAUUUACCUAAAAGCUAAGCUACGAAUCCUAAACCAGAGAGACACUAAUCAUGUGGAGAAGAAAGUUGAAAGCUGGUCCGAUCAAGAAAACAGUUGGGGUUUCGAGAAGUUUGUGUCGUUUGCUAAUCUUACGGAUACUUCUAGGGGUCUUCUCGUGAAUGAUACGUUGAAGAUGGAAGUUGAAUUUGAAGAUUUCUCUAACACAAAAUACUUUCCAAGUUAGGUUUUUGCUGAUGUGUUACAAUCAGCUGGACUGGAAAGUUUUGAACCGGACCAGAAUAAUUAACCAGAUCUUUGGGUUAUUUCUUUUAAUUGCUUUUGUGUUAAUAAGAGGAGACUUGUUCUUCUUAAUGUUUAGGAGCCUAUCUCCCAUUUUUCUCAAUCCUCUUGUCUUGUGUUUGUAAUUAAGAAUCGUUGAUUCUAAGCUCCUUUGUAAUGGUUUCCCUAAUAAAAGAAAAUCUGUUUU